AUGUCAGCCUCCACCUUCAAGAACAAAGUCAGCAUCACACACAUAGGAACGGCUACUGCCAUCCUCGAUAUUGAUGGCAUCAUCUUCCUUACCGACCCCUUCUUCUCCCCUGCCGGUACUGAGUGGAACGACGUCGCAGCCCUCAAAGUUCACGAUGACCCCGCUCUGAAGCUGGAAGAACUACCGCACAUCGACGCUGUUUUCCUGAGUCACGAGAACCACCCCGAUAACCUCGAUGAGUUCGGACGUCGACUCCUCGACGGCCGUCACGUAGUAACAACCAACGAUGGCGCAAAGAACCUCGCCCCCCGACCCAGUGUUCUUGGUUUCAGCGACUGGCAAGAGAGAGAUGUUCGCAUCGCAGGAAAAAUAUUUCACAUCACUGCCACGCCCUGCAAGCACUGGCCUGGACACGAAUGCGUCGGAUUCGUUGUACACACUGAGGACUUUGGAGUGGCAGCUGACGGUCGCCCGAACGCCAUCUACUUCUCUGGUGACACCGUAUACAUCGAGAAGCUGGCGAAGAUCGCAGAAGAAUACCACAUCACCGUCGCCCUCAUGAAUUGUGGUAAAGCAACCUUCUACGAGUUCACCGAUGAGGGAAAGCCGGGUCAGCCAGGCGAUUGUUUACAGAUCACCAUGGAUGGCCGACAGGCUGCUCGUCUCCUGAAGGAUCUCAACGCAGAUGUGCUUGUUCCUAUGCACUACGAGUCGUGGGAUCAUUUCAAACAAGGUGGAAAUGAGCUCGCGCAGGAAUUCAAAGAGGAAGGCGUCCUGGAGAAGCACACCAUGUUUGGGAGCAAAGCUGUGGGAGACGAUGAGAGCAAGGUAUACUCGACAACACCAGAUCAUGACCAAGCAGUACAUGAGGAUGCAGGAUCGGCGGCUUUGGCGGCUUCGAGGGUGAGUGUCAAGGACCAACUCCAUGAGGGAGAAGUUGCUCAAGCAGCACCCGAAGGAGGCUUAGUAGCCUGGCUGGCAGUCGUGGCUUUCUUCCUCGCCAUCAUGAACACAUGGGGCAUGAUAAUAUCCUACGGUGUCUUCCAAACCUACUACGUCUCCACACUCCACAAAACACGGUCCGACGUCGCCUGGGUAGGCUCCAUAGCCGUCUUCCUUCUCUUCUUCACCGGUAUUGUCAGCGGGCGUCUCACAGACGCAGGCCACUACCGCUAUGUCACAGCCACUGGUGCGUUUCUGGUUGUACUAGGUACUUUCAUGACUUCUCUGAGCGAGACUUACUGGCAAGUUCUCCUCGCUCAGGGCGUCUGCACGGGUCUUGGGAAUGGGUGUUUGCUUACGCCCAUGUCAACGCUUGUUACGACGUAUUUCAGGAGAAGGCUGCCGCUUGUUACGGGCAUUGCAGCGUGUGGGAGUGUGACUGGGGGACUCAUUUACCCUAGUAUGGUGAGAACGCUGUUGCCGAGUAUUGGCUUUGGAUGGACAUUGAGAGCGAUCGGGUUUAUACAGUUGGGUACUUUUGCGGUUGCGCUGGUGUGUGGGAAGCCGAAGAGAGCAGCGCGGAAGUUGGGUCCGCUGUUGGAUGUGUCGGUCUUUAGGGAAACUGCAUUCAACUUACUCCUCGUAGGAUCCUUUUUGGCCUUCUUGGGCGUCUUCUUCCCAUUCUUCUUCCUCAGUUCGUAUGCGCGAGAGAAGCGAGGAAUGUCAUACACCGACUCUCUCAACCUUACCCUGGUUUUGAAUGGCAUUGGAUUUGCAGGUCGGCUGCUACCCAGUUUGAUUGCCCGAUACUGCGGUACCAUGAAUGUCUACAUAACAUUCAUUUUCUGCUCUGCGCUAUGCAUGUAUACCUGGAUACCGGUACACUCGACUCCCGGGCUAUACGCGUGGACAACUUUCUACAGUCUCUCUGUCGGAGGAGUCCAGUCGCUCUCCCUAACGAUCGUCCCCAUCAUUAUCUCGGAUACGUCAAAGAUGGGAGCCUCGUUUGGCAUCGUGUUCGCGGCUAUUGGAAUUGGCGCGUUACUGGGUUCUCCGUCGGUCUGCAGGAACACCAACAAAGCGACCAGUCUGGAUGAGUCGAUGAGCCAAAGCACCCAGCGAAAAUACCGUGCGCCUUUUCGACCGAUUGAUACCUUCUCCUCCGCUCAAAAGCCUGCCUUCAAGACACCAGCGGCCACCAAGCCCACGUACACAUCCGACGAUAGCGACUACCCUCACGAACAGUCGACUUCCCUACUCGGCGAUUCAAGCAACCUCUUCGACGACAUUGAGAGCCCUGCGAGCCACACGAAACAGAAGGCCGACCUCCAACACAGACUCAAGAUGGUGCGUGAGAGAGAGCCUCCCGUGGCUCCCCCACCACGAGAUGGAACGGCGCCCCCACCAAAGCCUCUACAAGACCUCAGAAAUACAGCACCGCAGUUUGGAGAGACUAGCCCGUUGAGGAACCCUCUGAAGAAGGACCGCAGCAAAGAGUUUGCUCACCUCUUCAACAAGCCCAAGCCAGGACAGAUGCGGCCGGAGCAUAGCCAGACGACCAAGCUGCCUUCGCAAUACUCUGCAGCUUCUAGGCCGUCGCAGCAUUCAGCUGCUAGCGGUUUCACCGAUCCUCUGCAGCGGCCCUUCAAGGUCCCGUCUAUUUCGUCAAGUUCACGUUACAGCACGGCGUCUACCUCAUCGACUGGUUCAGACAUCUUCGAAAUUCCCGCCUCCCAGUUCCAACCUAGACCGUCCCAAGGCGGCCCUGUACCUAUCGCCCGACCAUACAACCCCGCAGCCAAGACUAGUCUUCCACCUCCGCGACCCAUCUAUUCCUCUAUGGGCCACGCCGAUAACUUCGCGCCGUUGAACAAAGGAACACACAACCCGCUACAACAAGCGCGUCAGACAGUGAUAUUGGACGAUGAAGACAACUUUGACCCAGAUGAGGCCAUCCGAAGAGAGGGUAGUCGAUUUGGCGAGCCAGAUCCACACGCCUACGUCGACCCUGCUGCGACUAGCGAGAACAUCAAGGCGCUACUUGAGGGCGCAUUUGAUGAGGAAAACGAGAAGAUUCCCAGGACGCGUCUUCGUAAGAAGAAGAAGCAACAAGAGGAAGACGUUGGCAACUCUCUAGCUGACCGGUUACAAGCGCUUGCCGUUAAGGACGAGGAAGCUAAAGCCGAGGCUGAACCGGAAGAAGACGAAGAAGAAGAUGAUGGCACAGUGGAAGGUCUCAAAGUGAAGCUCUUGCCUCACCAGGUCGACGGUGUGGCUUGGAUGAUCGAGAAGGAGACUGGCAAUCACAACAAGAAGGCGAAGUUGCCAAAGGGCGGUAUAUUAGCAGAUGACAUGGGUCUCGGAAAGACUGUACAGUCCCUUGCGCUCAUUCUCUCAAACCCUCGACCGGAAAAGGGCGUAGAGCCAGAGAACAAGAAGAACAAGAUCUCCGAUUCCACCGGCAAGGGCACUCUCGUCAUUGCUCCACUAGCACUGAUCAAGCAAUGGGAAGCUGAGAUCAAGGACAAAGUCACCAAGUCGCACGCUCUCAAAGUCCUCGUACACCAUGGCCCCAACCGCACAGAAUCAGCCGAGAAGCUAAAGCAAUAUGAUGUUGUCAUCACCACCUUCAACAGCUUGGCGACCGACUUUGCGAAAUGUGGUGACGGCCCCGAUGGUCUCAAGAAGGGCUGUUUCGCCGUGUCAUGGUAUCGCAUCAUGCUGGACGAGGCGCAUACCAUCAAGAACCGCACCACGAAAAUGGCCAAGGCUUGUUACGAGCUGCGCUCGCAUUACCGAUGGUGCCUUACUGGUACACCAAUGCAGAACAACAUCGACGAGCUACAGAGUUUGAUCAAGUUCCUUCGUAUACAACCGUACUGUGAGCUUUCGGCUUGGAAGGACUCUAUAGCGCAACCAAUGAAGAACGGUCGAGGCAACCUUGCUAUGAAGCGACUGCAGGUAUUCCUGCGUGCUUUUAUGAAGCGUCGCACUAAGGACGUACUGCGCAAAGACGGUGCAUUGAACUUUGGUGGCAAAGCUAAGGAAGGUGAGGAGCGGCCGGCUUUCCACAUUGUUGCGCGAAACGUCGAGACCAUCAUAGGAGAGUUCACCACCAAAGAGCGCAUCUUCUACGACCGGUUACGAGAUCGCACACAAGCUCGUCUUGACGAGAUGAUGGGUGGUGAGAAGCAGGAUUAUAUUGGAGCGUUGGUGUUGCUCCUUCGCCUGCGCCAGGCUUGUAAUCAUCCGAACCUCACAAAAAGCAAUGUCAAGGGUGACAAGGACGCUUUGACUACCGGUUCGAAUUCGAACGCUGUAGCUGGCCUCCAGACUCCUAGGAAGGCUGCAGCCAAAGACGAUGCCGACGACCUAGCAGAUCUUCUGGGUGGACUUAGCGUUGCGGCAAAGCGCUGUGACAUAUGCCAGAACCACCUCAAUAGUGAUAACACAGCUGCCGGUGGAGCGCGUUGUACGGAGUGCGAGGAAGAUCUUCUAGGGUCUACUAAGAAGUCUAAGAAGCACAAGUCGAAGAAAGACCGCAAACAUAAGCACAAGAAUGGCAAGUCCAAAAAGCACCGACAAGCAAAACCAGUCAUAGAGUCUGAUGACGAAGAAGAGGAGCAAAAGCCAGCCGCCUCAAAGCAUUCUCGCAAUCGCCGCGUCGUUGUCGAUAGUGACGACGAAGAAGAGGAGGGUGAAUGGCUCGUUCCUGAGGACCAGCAACAUGCUGAAGAUUUGGGCAAGGCUGGUGGCACCGACGACGAGAAUGCUGAAGGAGGCGGCGAUACGCUUGCUACUGUCGACUCAGAUACAUCUGCGGAUGAGGAUGAGAGCAGGAGCAAUCUGGAUUCUUUUGUCGUUCAUGACACCGACAGCGAAGACGAAGCGCCUGUUGCUCGUAAGAAGCUACUCAAGAAGCCACAAAAGGUCGUCAGCCUUGACUCUGAUGAAGAAGAUGAAGAGGCAGACAGUGAGGACGCCGACAGCGAAAGCGGCAGUGGUUCAGACGCCUCAGACUCUGAGUCCGAUUCAGAAGCCUCGGCCUCAGAAUCCGAGACCUCAGAAGCCUCUUACAACGCCUCGGACCUAGUACCAUCAACCAAGAUCCGGCAACUACUCGCGAUCCUCGAAAAGGAGACUGAUGAACACAAGGUCAUCGUCUUCUCACAAUUCACCUCCAUGCUCGACCUCAUUGAACCCUUUUUGCAACGCGCAGGUUACAACUUCACCCGCUACGACGGCAGCAUGCGUAACGACCUCCGCGAAGCAAGUCUCCAGAAGUUACGUGAAGACAAGCGUACACGCGUCCUGCUUUGUAGUUUGAAAUGUGGUAGUCUCGGUCUCAACCUCACAGCCGCAAGUCGCGUUGUUAUCAUGGAGCCGUUUUGGAACCCCUUCGUAGAAGAACAAGCGAUUGAUCGUGUCCACCGUCUUAACCAGACCGUCGACGUAACAGUCUACCGCCUCUCCAUCCACAACUCCGUCGAAGAGCGCAUUCUCGAAUUACAAGAGGCCAAGCGUAAACUCGCUAAUGCGGCCAUCGAAGGUGGCAAGGCGAUUAAGAACUUGACGAUGAAGGAUAUGAUGGCGUUGUUUAGUCGGGAGAGCGAGUAUGAUCGCAAGCAUGAUGAUGAUGCCAAGGAUAUGGAAAUGUAUGGCAGGAGGAAGGUGUUGGAUGGAGACGAUGAUGACGAUAGAGGGGAGGAGGUUGUCAGGAAGAGUAGGAAGGCGGGAAGUCUGGGUUUCAAGAGGACGGAGAGGAGGGCGGAGGCGGGUGCUUAUGGACGGCGUUGA